AUGAAAAGUUCUGGUCUUGCCCUUUGCCUUCUCUGUGCUGUGUUUCAUCACUUCUGGACACCUUCUUCUGGGCUGAAGACUUUCUCUUUGGGAAGCUGUAUCAUCACUACAAACCUUCAGGAAAUGCGAAAUGGAUUUUCUGAGAUUCGGGACAGUGUGCAAGCUAAAGAUGAAAUCAUAGAUACCAGAAUCUUGAGGAAGACUGAGUCUUUGAGAGAUGCAAAGCCUGCCAAUCAGUGCUGCCUCCUCCGCCACAUACUGAGACUCUACCUGGAGAGGAUAUUCAAAAACUAUCAGAUGCCUGACCACUACACCCUCCGGAAGAUCAGUGGUCUUGCCAACUCUUUUCUUACCAUCAAGAAGGACCUCCGGCUCUGUCAUGCCCACAGGACAUGUCCCUGCAGCGAGGAAGCAAUGGAGAAAUACAGCCAGAUUCUGAGUCACUUCGAGGAGCUUAACCCUCAUGCAGCAGUGGUGAAGGCCUUGGGAGAGCUGGACAUUCUUCUGAACUGGAUGGAGGAGAUGGACUAG